AUGCGGCUCUUAGCGCUUAACCAAUACUACACCAUCCCCCCAGCCUCGGUGAAAGAGGGCGGGACUGCACGCAGCCGCCCCGCCUCAGCCCCCCGGCCAGCUGUGUCACAAAAACGUCACAAAGCCGGUCCGCCCAGCCAGAGAGCCUCCUUGGCCAAGCGUUGGCCAGGCCUUGGCCUGAGCUGGAACAGUGUGGACAGGCAGAUCCUGGGCCAGUUGCGUUCCCUGGCAGCUGAGGAGGAGGAGGAAGAAGAGGAAGAAGCUGCCUGCCUCCUGGGCGUUGUCUUCCCCAGCAUGGGCUCCCAGGAGCUGCGCCUGGCCUCCUUCCACCACUGGCCACUGGCCUCUCUGGUCCACCCCGCAUGGCUGGCCGAGGCAGGCUUCUUCCACACGAGACCACAGGACAAGGUGAGGUGCUUUUUCUGCUGUGGGGGUCUGCAGAGCUGGGAGCAUGGGGAUGACCCCUGGACAGAGCAUGGCAAGUGGUUCCCCAGGUGUGAGUACCUGCUGCGGUCCAGAGGAAGGGGCUUCAUGCACAGUGUGGAGGCCUCAUACCCAAGCCAGGGACGGGACCCACCAGGAGACGCCGCCCACUCUGCUCCUGUCCAAGGGUACCCCGAAGUGGCCAUGCUGAGGAGCGAUGCCAACCGCCAGGGCAACUAGGACUCGGGUGCCCAGGACACUGAGGAGCUGCGGAGGCUGCGGGAGGAGCGGACCUACAAGGUGUGCCUGGAUCACCCAGUGGGCAUUGUCUUGGUGCCCUGUGGUCACCUGGUCUGUGCUCGCUGUGCCCCCCACCUGCACCUGUGCCCCAUCUGCCGGGCGUCCAUCAACAGCUGUGUCCGCACCUUCCUGACCUAG